UGAAGUUCACAUUUGACACAUCCUACACGGCUUCUUCAGUGAAGCCGACUCUCAGUCCCGACUGCCGACUCCCCUCACUGUCUCACUCUCUCAGACUCUCGGACUCUUAGACUCUCAGUCCCAACUCGGCAACUCCCCUCUGCCUCUGCCCUCUGCCCUCUGCCCUCUACGUAGCUGCGCUGCGCUAAGCCGCUGCCGUCGACGUGUCGGGAAAUUUAAAUUUCGUUGAAAAGAGUCAAAAAGGUAUGCCUCAACAGUCGAAACCCUAGCACAAACUGUGAGGCCGCCUCUUGACUGAUCAGACGUUUAGUGUUUCCCAUGUCGCCGAUGCCGGACAAUAUUGUUCAAAGGAAGAAGAGGUUAUGCUCCAGGCGGGAUGGAUCUUUAUCUGUAGCUGAGACAAUUGCAGAGUGGAAGGAGUACAACAAUCAACUUGAUUUUUCUAAUGAUGAGGGAAAGACAGUCCGCAAAGUUCCCGCUAAAGGGUCAAAAAAGGGAUGCAUGAGAGGUAAGGGUGGAUUGGAGAACUCACAUUGUAGUUAUAGAGGUGUAAGGCAAAGGACAUGGGGUAAGUGGGUCGUAGAGAUUCAAGAGCCAAACAGGAGGACUUUGCCUUGGUGCAUUCCCAACAUCACUCGAAGCUGUGAUGACGUAUGACAAGGCUGCAAGGGCCAUGUACAGUCCUGUAGUCCGGCUAAAUCUUUCAAAUAAUGUUUCAGUGAAGGAUAAUACUUUCUAAGCAACUACAUCAAGCUAUGGUUCUAAUAUGAUAUGCUUGUCAGACAUAUUAGCCACUGAGAAUUCAAAAGUAAAUUUUGUUUUGCUGAAGAACAAGCUUGAAGAUGGGAUCGGUGAAUCACAAGUUCAUGCAAUACCAUCUACAAGCUCACAAAUGACUUCAGUUGAGCUAGAAGCCAAGGACAGGGCUGUGGGCAUGGGUUUUAAUAUUGGUGGACUAGAUUUUCUAUGGGAUUAUGUUGAGGAAGAGUUUUUCAAUGUUGAUGAUUUAUUCAAUACCAUAAAUCCUAGUCACCUGUGCAACUCAACAUUGGGAUGUAAUUUGAGCUAUGAUGCUAAACAAUCAACGAACUUGUAGCAUAGUCAAUUGCAUAUCAGAAAAUCGUUGGAUUUUUCAUUUCA